GAUGUGUACGAGGUAGAGAAGGUCGUCGGCCACAAGCGGGACCGAGGGGUUUUAUCAUACCACUUGAAGUGGAAGGGAUACAGCGAUGCCGACAACACAUGGGAAAGGGAGAAGUCCGUUUUUUGCAAGGAUCUUGUGGCAGAAUAUUGGGAUGAGUGGGAGCGAGCUGGUGGACGGCGAACGGAUAUAAGGGGAAGUAUCAUGAAGCCCAACAUUGUCAGGAGGAGCUCAGUAGCACACAAAGCCAGCGGAUCAAAAGUAGAAUGGACUUCAUGGGAUGAGCACUUGGAGUGUGUCCAGACAGUAGAGCGGUCGCGGAAGAAGGACAAGAUGACGGUUCACCUGACCUGGAAGGACGGCAAGGAUACGGAGCACCCGAUCGAAGACGCACACCAAAAGUGUCCUCAGAAGCUGAUCCAAUUCUACGAGAAGCACCUCAAGUUC